AAUUGAGUAAUUAGUUUCUCCUUGAAUAAUAAGUUGCAACCUCUUGCCUUGAGAAGAUCAUCAUCUCUAUUCUCUCCCAGUAGCCAACGGAAAUAUUCAUGAAAAUAUCAGUUCAUUGUCACUCCAAUAUGCUAUACGUUUUAAGCCUUCUUUUGUGUCUUGGAGCUUUCUUCAUCAUAUAUACUGAUGCUAUAAAAUUAAGUGGAAUGUCACAAAGUUCACAAGAAAUUAUCAAAAUCAAUGGUUUGAAACAUUUUGACAUGUAUUUACCUAUGGCUGGUUCAUCCUAUGGUGUUGGUUCUCCCUUCAAUUUACCACCUUAUGAUUCUCUUCCUCCAAUACCAAAUACCCCAACAACACCUUAUUGUGUCAAUCCACCACCAGCCAAUGGAAAUUCUGGCCCAAUUAUAAACCAACCUACAAGCCCAUCAUAUGGCCCAAUUAUAAACCAACCUCCAAGCCCAUCAUAUGGCCCAAUUAUAAACCAGCCUUCAAGCCCAUCAUCUGGCCCAAUUAUAAUCCCAAGCCCACCACCCCAAUUUCUUCCUCCCAUUAUAAUUCCCAACACACCCCAAUAUGUUUCACCUAAUCCUCCCACAAAUGUUCCUAGCCCAACACAACCUAUUUUUAGUCCACCUUAUUAUUAUGAACCUAGUCCACCAAGGUAUGUCCCAAUUAAUCCACCAAGUUAUAAUGUCCCAAUUAUCCCACCAACAGGGUAUUUCCUACCGCCGGUGGUGUAUCCACCACCGGCAGUGCCUCCUCCACCACACAUCGCAGAUGCUAUUGCUCUAUGGUGUGUGGCGAAGCCGUCAGUACCGGAUCCAAUAAUACAAGAAGCUAUGAAUUAUGCUUGUGCAUCUGGGGCAGAUUGUGAUCAACUUCGGCCCAAUGGGUCAUGUUAUCAGCCUGAUACUUUAUUUGCACAUGCAUCUUAUGCAUUUAAUAGCUAUUGGCAAAGAACUAAAAUGGCUGGUGGCACUUGUGACUUUGGAGGGACAGCUAUACUUGUAACCGUUGAUCCUAGUUUCGAUGGAUGCCAAUUCAUCUACUAUUGAUCAAUAGAUGAAAUGAAGACUAAAUUAGGUUUUUGAUCCAUUUUUCUUGCAUGGAAAAGUUCAAGAUAAAUAAGAUUGAAGUUUUGUAAUUUUGAACAAAAUAUUUAGGUGGAUGCAUGUAUGUUUUGGACUACUUCGACGCUUCUCUUCCAUAAAGGAAUAUGUCAUUUCCUGAAUUAUAAAUGUAAAUGGAAAAUAUCAUUUGGAUUUGA